UCUUCCGGAAAUGACGUGUUAUUAUUAUUCCAGGAAGUGGAAGGGGGAAAGCACUGAACUGCGUCAACAAUUGUUUUAAUGAUACACUCGGAUUUUAGCGUCUGUUCAACAUGUCAGCAAGGUACGUUUAAGCCACUACUGAGUGAUUUAUGGAACUGUUCCUGGACGGAACUUUAUUAAGCAACAACAUGGACACGUCAAACUUUGCCCACGUCAUCUUCCAGAAUGUGGGGAAGAGUUACCUGCCACAUGCUGCACUGGAGUGUCACUAUACCCUGACGCAGUUCAUCAGACCACAUCCAAAGGACUGGGUUGGCAUAUUCAAGGUCGGUUGGAGCACAGCGAGGGACUAUUACACAUUCUUGUGGUCCCCUCUUCCUGAGAACUACGUGGAGGGCACCGCAGUCAACAGAACAGUGGUCUUUCAGGGAUAUUAUGUUCCCAAUGACGACGGCGAGUUCUACCAGUUCUGUUACGUGACCCACAAAGGUGAGAUCCGUGGAGCCAGCACGCCAUUCCUGUUUCGUGCCAGCAGCCCCACAGAGGACGAGCUGCUGACUGUGGAGGAUGAAUGCAACUCUGACAUCCUUGUUGUCACCACCAAGGCUGGCUUCCUCGAGCAAAAGGUGGAAGAAGCCCAGAGAGAGAAAGACGAGCUGGUCAAAAAUAUUGCCCUGCUGCAGCAGGAGAAGGAGCAGCUGGAAGCUGAGAAGGAGAGUCUGCUGAAAGAGUGUGAGCAGGAGAGAGAUACGUGUGUCCAGCUGAGAAGAGAGAACCAAGAGGUGCAGAAUUCUUCCCAGGCCCUGCAAGAGGAGAAAGAGGAGGUCAAGAGGAGACUGGAGGAAGCCACAGCCAGAGUCAUACAGCUGGAGGAGGAUCUGAUCGGAGUCACUCAGAAGGGCCUACAAAAGGAAACUGAGCUGGACAGUCUCAAAGACAGAGUGAAGAAACUUACAGCAGAGAAGGAGGCACUUGAUUCUCAUCUCAAGAAUGAGAAAGAUGAGAAGGAACUCUACAAGAUUCACCUGAAAAACCGGGAGCUGGAGAACACUAAGCUGAGUGCAGAGCUACAAAUGCUGAAGUCUGUGGAUGUAAACAAGGAAAACACCAUUGCCCAGUUUAAAGAGGAGGUGGGACGUCUGCAGGCGUGCCUCACUGAGAAGGAGAAGCAGUACAGAGAGAUCCUGGCCAAAGUUUCUCCCCUGGGAGAUAUGAAGGCCUUGAAGGAGCAGCUGCGGCAGAAGGAAGAACAGCUCCAAGCCAACCAGCAGCAGUCCUCGCUGUUAUCCGCUGAGUUGCGGGAUGCCUCUAGGACUCGCGACCGCACCAUGUCUGAACUCUACCACAUGAAGCUGGAGGCCGAUGCCCUUCGCCAGGCCAAGACUGACGCUCAGGCCCAGUGUGUCCUCCUGGAGCGCCUGGUGGAGCAGAUGAAGACAGAGGCCAAGCAGGAAGCAGCCAAAGCAGCAGAAGAGGAGGCUGCUGCAGACCCAGCUGUCUUAGCGGAGCUGCAGAGAGAGGUGGAGGACCUGAAGAUGCGGCUGCACAUGGCUGCUGAACACUAUAAGGAGAAAUACAAGGAAUGUCAGAGACUGCAAAAACAAGUGCUUAAGCUCUCUGAACAGCAAGGGGAGUUGAAGAGAAGCUCAGCACAAGAGAUCACGACAAUCCCUGCAUCAGUGAGCCCAGACACAUCAGUGCCAGGGAGUCCAGGCUCUGCUGAUCCUAUGCUGGAAGCCAUCAUCCAGGAGAAGCUCAAAGGCUUCAGCAGGGAGGCGUCUGACAGAAAUGACAAGUACAGAAAAUGCAAGCAGUUGCUGGGGGAGGAGAAGGAGCGUAGCUGCAUGUUUGCUGAUGAGCUGGCCAAAAUGGAGGUGAAAUUGAAGGAGCAGCUGAAGACCAAUGAAAACCUGAAGUUGCAGCUGGCGGCAGAGGAAGAUCGCUACAAGGGCCAGGUUGCCGAGAAGGGACGGGAGCUGAAGGAACUGAAGGACACACUUGCACUUGUUGUGAAGGAGAAGGAAAAACUGGAAGGGGAGCUCCAGAAGGGCGGCUGCAGCAGGAAGGGAGAUCAGGGGGUCAGUGAGAAAACCAGCUUGGAGAGCAUCCAGUCCAGCGUGCCUUUAUUCCUGCAGUACCCGGUCCCUUACACCCAGGACGCCCCCACCCCCCUGCUGGUCUCUCAGAGCCCCAGCAAGCUGCAGUUUGGGAACCCUUACUCCGCCUCAGACUCGAAAGAUGAGGCAGACGAGGAGUUCUCAGAUGACCAGCUGCUGAGGCUGCCCCCUGUGGGCCCGCCCUCCUGGGACAGCAAUGUGGUGUGCAUCCAACCCACCCGCAACCACAGCCGGCCAGAGGGCCACGAGGAGUCAGAGGAAAAGCAAAACAACAACAACAACGGUAACACCAACGAACAGCCCGCUGCAACUGAGACUCACAGCCCCUUUGUGAGCAAUGGACAGACAGCCUUCUGCUUUGAUCCCAGCGUGGACAUGAAGCGUUGUCCGCUCUGCGAGGUCAUCUUCCCGCCCAACUACGACCAGAGCAAGUUCGAGGAGCACGUGGAGAGCCACUGGAAAAUCUGCCCGAUGUGCAGCGAGCAGUUCCCGCUGGACUGCGACCAGAAGGUGUUUGAGAAUCACGUGCUCACUCACUUCGACGGCCACACGCUUAACUUCGAAUAGAGAAGCGGAAAAAUCUGCACCUUCAGCUCUGCCUACUUCCUGUCAACCACUGAAAUAAAUCAUUCUGCACUCUUUUCUGCAUGUAAUGGUGUGAAGAUCCAGUCUUUAGGACUGUACUGACUUUUCGCUUUUACUUCCACUUAGGAACACUUUGAAGUGAUGUGACAUUUUAAAAUGACAUUUUGAUUCAGUGUACAUUGCAGGGCUACGAAAUCUGUUUGCAAAUUAGAGCAUUUUUUUAUGGGUGGAAGAUUUCCCUUCAUUUGGAUUAGAAGGAUAACUUAGGGGGAUAAGACUGUUCUGUACGUAUAUAUAAAUAUAUAAAAUGACUUUAAAUUGACUCGGCUCUCACAGAUCUGUUAGACUAUAAGAUAUAACGAAUCAGGGAAAGAGAUAAGUGUUUACCAAACUUACAUUUAAAAACAUCAAACCAAAUGCUCCCCCAUUCCCCUUAAACAUCCCUGUACAAGUCAUCUGCUCAGUCUUUAUAGCCUUGGUGCACUAUAUGCAGUCAGGGAGAACUCUUCAGUAAUUACAUCCAGACAUGAUUAUACAGUAUAUGGUCAGAUCAUCUAUUUUAGAAUAUUUAAAGCCAAUGAUAUUGUGAAGCCUUGAUUCUUUGUGUAUAUUGAUUUGUUUUGUUAGGUUUCCUUUAGUUCUGAUUUAAUUUUUUAAUCGGGUUAUUGUGUCCGGACCUGUUAGAACCUUCAUAUCAUCAGCUGAUCAGUGCAUGCUGAGCUUUUGUUAAAGUUCCCCCUUUUCGUUCUUCUCUUUUACAACAUUAAGUUAUUUUAUUCAUAGUAAUGUUUCAUUUGUUGAGUGAGUUCCAUGUAUCUAAUAUGUACUAAUAAAGUCUGUUUGAAACGGA